UAGCGGAAAGUCUGAAACUAAUUAAAGUAAGGCCGCCGGUAUUUUACUGUACUAACCUAAUCUUACAAAAUAUCGGGCAGUUCAAAUUGAGCUAAAGAGUGAAACUUAAAAAAGGUUAAAGAGCUAAAAAGUAACAUAAAUAUAAGACUUGUUGGAAUAGUUUGUAACUCAAAUAUAAAAGCAUGGAUCGCACAAGCUUGGGCGGAUCGUUAGGACGUUCGAUAGCUUCUCCUAGAAAACGAAUAUCAAUAGUUCAAUCACUGAAGAAGAGUAGUUCUGCAGCAAGUGUUUCAGGUCGCACAAAUCAAUCUGUACAAACAAUAUGCAGAACACCUAGUCAUACUGUUGAAAGCUUCGGAUCUUCAUUGCCAGUUUUAGUUACUGAAGCAUUAACAUUUGUGGAUCGGAAUACAGCUGUUAGCGUUAAUGUAUCUACAGAUGGUUGGGCUUGGCUUGUUUAUGGCCGCAAAUUGCUUGUGUGGCAAUGUAAAACUACUAUUCAUGAUCCUAAACAAAGAAGAACCUUCAAAACCCAGUGUCGUGAGUUGCUACUACCUCAAAGUGACUUAGCUCACAAAGCAGACUGUAUAGCAGUCUGGAUACCUCCUGGUCAUCAGGUUCCUAGUUGCAUGGCAGUAUCACCAGAAGGAAUAGUACGUUUCUGGGCAAGUGUAGCACAUGAGGGAUCUUCUGUAGAAACCAGUGCAGAGCUUGCAGGACAAGAAGUUGAUUGUCUUAUGUAUGUAUCAGGCCAUGGGUGCAUUCUGGCCACAACUACAUGUACAGUAGCACUUUUGCAACCACAAUUUAACAAUGGGAAAAACACUGUCACAUGUCAAGUACUUCGAACAAGCCAAGGAUGGCUUGGUGGCAUUGGUCGUAGAAUGACCUCCUUGAUUUUUGGGGCAAUACCACAAUCACCUGUUGCAGAGACGAAAUUAGUGAAAGUUACAUGCACACCACUGAGUGAAAGAGGCUCGAGAGUUCUCAUUCUUGCUGGAUCUUCUUUGCAAUAUUGGCUUUUCUCUCACAAUGAACAAGAAAAGAUGGAAUUUGAUGAAGAUAUUACUCAUAUUGUUUCACAAGCAUUCCAGAGAAAACUUUGGGAAUCAAGUCCUUGUAAUCCUCAAAGAAUAAAUACAUGGUUUAUCGAUAUGCAAACGUGCGACGAAGGGAUAGUCCUUUUAAUGGCAGCUUAUUAUGCCGAGAUAUCUCUUCAAAUACAUUUUGCACUUGGAUUGAUACCUUUAACGGGCACAAGUUUGUCAAAUACGUUUAAAUGGUUCGUAAAAGUUCAAAUUGACCCAUUGUUCUAUGAUGAUGAUAUGGAGAUGAUAGAAUCAACGUUAAGUUCUUAUCGUUUCAUAUUGUCUGGCUGGGAGGCGAUUAUAUAUAAUCAAUAUAAUGUGCUUGUAGUUAACACUGCAUCUGAAAUCGAUCAAGAUAAAAUCGAUCUGGUAAGAGGUGGUGAAGACAGUAUACUUGGUGGUGCUUUGUGUUCAGGAACUCCAGUAUUAUUUACAAAAAGUGUUGGCUUAGUGUCUAUUACGCCAGUAGACUUUGCGACCCAAGAUUUCAAUACAGGAUACGCGGAGGCUAAUAUGAGUAUGGAUUAUAGCUAUAAAACGAAUCAAACAGCGCAGAAUUUUUCUACUCUGAUAAGUAAUGAAGAACUUCAGGAUAUGUAUUAUAGUUCCGACGGAGCUACGCAAUUGCGUACCGCAUUUCUUCUAAGUUUACGACAAAAUAAGGCACAAUGCGACGACAUUCUUUCCCAACUGUUUCCUCUACAAGAGGAUCCAGUAAUGGAUAUCGACGCUACUCUCGAUACACUCAUCCUGAAAGUUGCAAAGGAUUUGAUUGAUGAUUAUCCAGCAAAUGAUCCAAGAUGGGCUAAUCACAGGGAUCUAUCAAUAACGGUAAACGCAGUCACCUCUAUGCAAAUACCUCAUCAACUGGAAGGAAAACAAAAAGCUUUAGAUCUCUUUGUACAAUUCUUGAAGGAACAUAAUUUGUGGAGUAAAUUUUGUGCAGUUACGUACAGAGGUACUAUCAUGUCUACGUCUCAUGUACUCGGUGAAUAUGCAGAGAAGAUAGUUGCAGCAAUGACUAUAUAUAAUCUUCAAACUAGGUGUGAUUCUGAUAUUAUAUACUCAGAGAUUAUAGAUGCAGUAAUAGAUGAAACGUUGCAGCCAGAAGCCUAUAUAUCUGAUGAACUUACAGCACGUGAUAUAUUCUUCCGCGAAGUAAGCACGGUGCACUUAUUCUUGCCAACUUUAAUAAAUAAAGCGAGUGAAGUUACACAAUCUGAAAGACCUUUGCAACAAGUUGGACAGUAUAUUAUGCAAGUUAACGGUAUAUUAUUGGCUGUAUUACAUGAAGUAGUGAAAUAUCGUCAAUAUAACGCUGAACGCUUUGUUCCUGCAAAAUGUUCAAAUGUAAUAACAGAAUAUCUCCCUUGGACAGCAUCCCCAGGUAAACACGGCUUGAGGAAUUGUCUUAACACGAUGCAAAGUAUUACUACUAAGCACGGUGUAACAGGGACCAGUGACUCCACUGUUAGAAAUGAAUUGUAUGCACAAUUAGUUAUUCUUAUUGAUUUGAUAUUGGAUGGAAGGAAAUGCCACUUGGAGAGCAUCCGUGGCACAGAGAAAUUUGAAAUUCUUUUAAAGCAAUACGAGACAGAUCGUGCUAAUUUAAUUCAGCCAUUAAUAAAGGAAGAGCAGUAUGAUAAUGCUGCAAUGCUUGCUGAAAAGUAUUGUGACUUCCCAUCGCUUGUGCAAAUCUGCGAAUUGACUAACAAUAAAAAUCGGCUUGAUGGGUAUAUAGUAAAGUUUGCAGCGCAAGAUUUUGUUGGCUUUUUGUUUUCUUGGUACGUUAAAGACGGACGUCAAGGACAGUUGGUGGAAAGAUGCAGACGUGGUGGUACUGUAGAAUUAACGGAGAAGUUGUUGGAACACCCCACUCUGUCCUGGGUACAAGCGGCUUUAACUGAUGAAUUGCGUCUUGCUGCGAAUACCCUUCACACCUUGGCUGCUCAAGAAGCUGAGCUGGUUACUCGUAAAAAGUCCAUGCUUUCGUUAGCCAAAUUGGCUUUACUUGCUUCAGACGAAUCGGAAGAUAAAAUAGUAGAUAACACGAAAAUGAUCGACAAUGAAUUAGCCCUUAUAGCUUAUCAGGAAGAUUUACCUACUCAAGUUCUCACAACGUAUGGCUAUGACAUUGAGAAAUUACGAGUGCUUACACCAAGAGAAUUAAUUAUGUUAUACACUUCAAAUGAAAACGUCAUAGCCAAUGAAUACGAUUUCAAGAAGGCUCUCGAUUUACUCGAUUACGUGGAACAAGAGGAGGAUAAAUUAUCUUUGAAACUACAAAUUUGGGCACGUGCGGCUCGGCGGAAUCAAUGGAAUACCGUAGACAAGAAUCCUGAGCAACAAGUUCAAGAGACAUUGUUUUUCAAAUUAAUGGAUCUUGUAUACUUUAUGGGUGGCAAAGUGGAAGAAUUUCUACCUUCAGUUGAUGUGCUUCUCAAAGAAUCAGAACUUGAAGAACUUGCUACAUCGAGUAACUUCCAAUUUCUUAUCAAAUUAAUUUAUGAAUACGCUUAUCGAAACUAUUAACGUGGAAAAUACCUGUAAGUACAACUACAGUUUGUAUUUUUGUACACAAUAAAAUAACGAUUUAUUGUUACAAACCUAA